CAGCUGCCGGCAUGCCGUCCCCGCCCCCCUACGUGGGUCCUUCCCCAGGGUUGCAUGUUCCCCUUGGACCUGAGGGGAUAGCCGCUGCCGGUGUGAUUUAGGCUGCUCUGCCCACAGAAUGCAGACCAAGCCUUGUUCCGUCUUAAUUAGUCAGCCUUUAUGCCAAGCUUAUAGAUUUUCAGUGGAAACUGGGCAUGGCUGUGAGCUCUGACAGCUGCAGAUCCCUCAAGUAUCCGUAUGUGGCAGUGAUGCUGAAAGUAGCCGAUCAUUCUGGCCAAGUGAAGAGCAAGGCCAUCGAAAUGACAAUCCCACAGUUUCAGAAUUUCUACAGACAGUUCAAGGAAAUUGCUGCUGUAAUGGAAACUGUGUGAGAACUGACUUAUGAUUCUAAAGUAAUGGACUCUAUUUUCCAAAAAAAAACUGCAUCUGGAUCAAAGGAUAUUUAUACACAAAAACUGCACUUCUGGGGCUGGAGAGAUGGCUCAGAGGUUAAGAGAAAUGGUUGCUUUGCCAGAGGAUCCAGGUUUAAUUCCCGGUACCCACGUGGCAACUCACAACUGUCUGUAACUCCAGUACCAGGGGACCCUACACCCUCCCACAGACAUCUGUGCAGGUAUAAUUUUAUACCAAUGGUAUAAAAUAAAAAAAUUAAAGAAUUUCACUUCCUAAUUUUUUCCCAAUUGUUAAAAAAAUCUGUUAAAUUCAAAUUAUUUUAGUGGUGACCAAAGCUUUGCCUUUUUAAUGAGCUAAAAGUGUCUGUGUUGAAUACUAAAGUGUGUGUAUGUAAUUAUAUCUUUUUUUUGUAAUUAUAUCUUAACAAAUGAGUAAAUAAUAUUCUUAAAUGCAGCACAGCUUUGUAUAUCAGGAGAAAAAUUUCAAAUCUUAUUGAUACAGAUCUAACUUUAUGAAUAAAAUCUUGUCUGGAACUUACAUGAAGUUAGGAAAGUUGUCAUUGUUUUAAGCUGCUUUAAAAAUUCAGUUUUAUAAUAUUUUCUUUGAAAUAAUUAAAGGAAUUACUUGAAAGAA